GAAUAUUCCUUUUGUAGUUUUAUGAUCAUUUAUUUUUGGAAUUUAAAAAAAAAAAUCAACAAUAAAUAGAAAUAGCCACAUAGGGAUCCCCGCGGAGGAAAAUUCACACUUUUGAAGAAUCGUUGUUGGAAGCUGUUGGCGUUGGCCGUAUCUACCCUUCUCUGCUUUGUUCGUUCGUUCGUUCGUUCGUUCGUUCGUUCGUUCGUUCUUUGUAGCCGUUUUCCGCCUACGCGUUUUGAUUCUCCCCUUUCUUGUUCAGAGGUUUGGAUCUGUUCGAUAUUCUCGUAUCGACCCUCUUUCUUCCAAUCUUAAAAGGGUAUUGAGCAUCUCUCUGGUUGAAUACUUGAAAGAAAAAUACCUGGGAAUGCUGAAAAAUGUGCUUGAGUGUCAAGAAUUCCUUCUGUGAGGCCAAUGAGCCUGCGGCUCUACAUGAGCUCCCCUCAUUCAUCCUUGAUGAGAUUCAAAAUAUAACUUCCCGGGUCCGUGCUCGAACGUGCAAUGGGGAUACAAGCCAUAGAAAGCUCGUUAUGUUUAAACCUGAUCAUUGUGAAGAUGGUUGAGCUUCUUUACUCCUAGUAACUCUUGCUUUUUGUGUAUAUUGUGUAAGCGGGAGAGGAUAACUUAUUACGUUGUAGGGGUUGUAUUUCGGGAUGGAUAGUAAGGGGGGUGUGUUGUUACAAAGGUAUGAAUUAGGGAGAUUAUUAGGGCAAGGCACUUUUGCCAAGGUCUAUUAUGCGAGGAGCCUUAAAACUGGCGAGAGUAUGGCAAUUAAGGUAAUUGAUAAAGAGAAAGUUUUGAAGGUUGGGCUGGUUGACCAGGUUAAGCGAGAGAUAUCUGUAAUGAGAUUGGUUCAACACCCAAACAUUGUGCAGCUUUAUGAGGUUAUGGCUAGCAAAACCAAGAUUUACUUUGUCAUGGAAUAUGCCAAAGGUGGUGAGCUCUUCAACAAGGUGGCCAAGGGUAAACUUAAGGAAGAUGUUGCAAGGAAAUAUUUUCAACAGCUGAUUAGUGCCGUGGAUUUUUGCCACAGCAGAGGUGUUUAUCACCGGGAUUUGAAACCUGAAAAUCUACUUCUAGAUGACAAUGGAAAUCUGAAGGCUUCAGAUUUUGGGUUGAGUGCCCUUGCUGAUUCCAAGCGCCAAGAUGGGUUGCUCCACACGGCUUGUGGGACGCCUGCAUAUGUUGCUCCAGAAGUAAUCAAUAGAAAAGGGUAUGAUGGAUCUAAAGCUGACAUUUGGUCUUGUGGGGUGAUUUUAUAUGUUUUGCUGGCUGGCUUUCUUCCAUUCCAUGAUUCAAAUUUGAUGGAGAUGUAUAGAAAGAUUGGAAAAGGAGAGUUUAGAUGCCCCAAUUGGUUCCCUACAGAAGUACGCAGGCUGCUGUCUAAGAUUUUGGAUCCAAACCCAAAUACUAGGAUUUCCAUGGCAAAGAUUAAGGAAAAUUCUUGGUUCAGAAAGGGUUUGGAAUCCAUAUCAACAACUGAAAGAGAAAUUAAGGAACUGGCUCCUAUGGACGUGGAUUCAGCUUUCAGCCCUUCUGAGAAUAGCAAUGCUGCUGCUGAGACAAAGCAAGAGCUUGCCAGACCUAAUAAUUUGAAUGCUUUUGAUAUUAUUUCUCUUUCGGCAGGGUUUGACCUCUCUGGUCUGUUUGAUGAAGAUGCCCACAAGAGGGAAGCACGAUUUACAUCCAAGCAGCCUGCCUCAGCUAUCAUCUCUAAGCUGGAGGAAGUUGCUAGGUUGCUGAGAUUUAAGGUGAAGAAGAAAAGUGGAGGACUGUUGAAAUUGGAAGGAUCAAAGGAAGGGACGAAAGGUGUUCUUUCAAUUGAUGCAGAGAUUUUCGAGGUUACUCCAUCUUUCCAUUUGGUGGAGCUAAAGAAGUCUGGUGGAGAUACACCAGACUAUCAGAAGAUAUUAACACAGGAUAUAAAGCCAGCUCUUAAUGACAUUGUUUUGGCUUGGCAAUGUGAUCCACAACAGCAACAAUAACAACAGCAGCUGACAUCUUGUUUUUGGAUUUGGCAAGGUGCUUUGAAGGAGUGGGAGCAGCAAACAGUUGCGGCAGCAUUUUUCACGAGUGUGCCCAUAAGACACUCUUUGCACCUUGGGCUUCCUAAUUUAGAAAAGAUUAUUCUCUUUGUUAUUUGUGCCUUCCUAUAAUCCGUACAUCCAUGUUAUUCGUACCUUUUCGUACUGUUACUUGGUAUCUGUUUUUGGUAAUGGUGGUGUUUAUUCAUGUUGACUACAUUGAAGUAUUUUAAUAUCUAUGUGAACUUUGUGUGUUUGUUUCA